AUGAACAGGCCAGGCCUUAUAGCACCCCUUGUACGUCCAGGCCGAUGCGAUUCUGCGGUGGAAGAAAUGGAGGCUGAAAGAGUAAAGAAUGUUUUGCAGAUGACAGGCGCCGAACGCAUAAUAUCCAAUUAUCUCCCUGGAAAGCUGGAAGAGUCGGGAUGGAAUGCACAAAUGUUCGAAGAGUGUUGCAAAUGGCUGAAAGCAAAUACGGCUAGUGGGCAAAGAGUGUAUUAUGGACAGAAGAUAAGGGAGAAAUUUCGUGAACCUGAGGACGUAGAUCCACAGGAAUUGGUAGCACCGCUAACCAAGAUGGGCAUGUCGCUUGUUCCACGGGAGUUAUCUACCGAGGUUGUGGAACACAUAAUUAAAGUGAUCAAAGAGAACAUCACAAACUGA